AUGACCGCAAACAAGCCUGAUGAUGUUAUAAACACAAGUCACGGAGUUUCUAACUUUAAGAGGUGUGCCGUCGACAGGGGCUACUACAAAGACGAUUUUAUUAAGUUGUUCACCUCUCCAUAUCAAUCGUUGCAGGCCAUUGACUUGUGGGCCUAUCUAAGGAUCACCACUCUCAGGAAAUUGGUCCACGAGUUCAUGGAGACUUUCAAAGGCGAAAAGGUCCAGUUUGUCGAUUUGGGUUCCGGCCUCUCCACCUUUUCACUUUACUUGCUGCAUACUUAUGAAAACGUCGUUUGUUUCGAUAUGGACUUUAUACAUCAUAUGCGCCACAAGGCUCAGCUUAUUCACAGUUCCAACCGGUUUUCUCACUUGAACUAUAAGCUUGUCGAUGGGCUGCUGGUCUCUGACACCUACAAAAUGGUGCACAUGGAUUUUGAGAAUCUUGAGGAAGUUUACAAAUUGGAAGACCAUGGAGUCUCCAGGGAUCUUCCGACUUUCUUUUUGUCCGAGUUCUGUCUAACUUAUGUGGAAAACGACAAAUCCGACAAGGUCAUUGAAUUCCUGGCUGGAUUCUCAAAUAGGCCUUCAGCCUACGCCUUCCUAGACUACGUUGGAAGCUGGACCAAGUUUGGGAAGUGGUACAGCGACCUUUUUGAGAAAUUUGGGGCCGAGUUUAAAUCCUUUCGGAAAUACGACACCAUUGAAAAGCACGUGCGAAGACAUAAGGAACUUGGUUGGGACUACACUAUGGUAAACCAGAUGACUUUUACGUACAAUGAGAUUCUAACUGAUGAGGAGAGGCGGAGGGUAGUGAACCUGGAUAAUUUCAAGGACUUUCACGAAGCCGGGGUGUACUGUAAUCAUACUGUGAUUGGGGCAGCAGUUAAGCCCAAAGAAGAGCUCUCGAGGCUGGUUGACCUGUACGAUAGUGCAAAAAAGGGCCAACACAGUGGGAAGAAAUCCCCUGAUUUUAUUCCAUACGAUCAUGGGUUUGAUCCCGACGAGUUUGACGAAUGUUUCAAUUCGUCACGUCUUUUCACAGCACAUUCUUGUAUUUUGGGGCUCCAAGUCAUGAGCAAUGAAAAGCGUGCGUCCAAAUUCAGCUGGUCUCCUCUCAUUAUUGUUUUAAAAAGGAAUUCCAUCGAGUUGAAAUACUAUGAAGGAGAACACUAUAAGUACUUUGCUCCCAAAACCCCGCAGAUUCCCUUCCAUAGCAUGUACUCGUAUAUUAGAGUAACAGGGAACAGGAAGAUUUUCGAAAAAUUUAUUAGAUGCUCCCCGAAUCAAAAAAUUCAAUUUGUUAACUUGGGAUCAGGGCUAGACAUAACGUCUCUCUGGAUCCUUGAGAAAUUUAAAAACGCAGUUUGCUUUGAUUUGGACCUGGAGAGUCAAAUUAGGAUGAAGGUGAACGUUAUUAAAAACACCCAAGAACUGCUAAAUAUGUUUCCUGAGCAUACUAUCACUGAUACGACCUUUCACUCCGAUAAAUACCACAUUCUGCCUUGCGACUUCAGGAAUCUUGAUGAACUUGAUAAGUUAAAAGAGUUUGGUUUUUCCAGUGAACUUCCAACUAUUUAUUUGAGUGAAUUUGUUUUAACAUAUGUCGAGAAUCAUUUGUCAAACAAGGUUAUUGAACGGCUCUCCAAUAUGUGUUCUGGACCUUCCAUUUUGCUCUAUCACGAAUAUAAAAAUAACACUCCACUCUACUCACUGACCGAAUACUAUACCGAAGAGUUACAAAUCGAAAGGUUUUUUAUUAUAAAUUAUAAAUUAAUUAGAUAUAAAACUCUGGGUUGGGAUAACACACAUAUCUUGUAUUACAAUUCCGUUUAUAACUACAUGAUUGACAAGAAUGAGAGAAAGAGAGUACGGAGUAUUGAAAAUUUUAAAGACAUGAAGCACCUUGCUGUGAUGUGUAGCCAUUCCGCUAUAGGAGUUUCAGUCAAAAACUGCAACGGAAUGGAAGACUUUUUAAAAUUUUUAGACUCGUCUCAUUUUGAUGAUGAUUUGGAUAAUAUGUUACCAAAGUACAGUGAUAAGGAAAUCGAAAGCGUGUUUGACCUUAAAUUCUUUGACGAAAUUACUCAACAUCUUUAUAAUGUUACGUGUGCACCAAAUACCGAGGAAUCACGAGCAUUUUUUGAUAGAUUCAGUAAAUUUUCAUAA